ACUUUCCUUUGGAAUAAGCAUUUUCGGAGCACUUCUUCGCAACAUGAACGUUGACCUGGCUAAAAAGGAGCUUGAGCUAAUGCCCGACAUUAUCAAAUCGGACGCAAAUAAUUGGCAUCAAAAUGUGCAACUGGGCAGCGAGCAAGUUAAGCUCUAUAUCGAGUUGUGCAUGAAAAUCUUUGCGGAGGAGCCCAUUUUGUAUAAUGAGGAAACAUGUCGCGGCAAGCGAUCGGCAACGCAGCGAACUCGGGCCCACUUUUACAAGCUGUUUGAGGUCACCAGCAAAAUGGAGCAGAUUCUUGCGGUGCUGGCCGAUAUCACGCUGAGAACAGAGCACAUGUGGCAACGCGUCUCCAUGUGGAACCAGGAUGAAAUCAUUCAACAGCAUUGCAUCAUGUGGGAAAUGACUACGCCCAAACUGUUGGACUAUCUGGGAUUCUUCACUCAGCGCUACGACUACGAAUGGCAGCUCAAAGAGAUGGUCGUGUCGGAUCUGGAAUACAUUGAUAGCAGCUACGCUGGCUAUAUUGUAUUGGAGACCUGGCUGAAUAAUCGACAUGCUGGCGACGAUGAGUUCAAUCGCCAGCUAAAUGCCUUCUAUAGGUCAACAGGUCAGCGUGCCUGUAGCCCCCAAUGACAAAUGCGUUCAGCCUGCCUUGCUCAACCUGAGACUUAACAAAAGCUGACCUUUCUGAUUUUAUGUUGCUUAUAUUUUAAAAGUAUCUAUUAUCAUUUUAUUACAACUGAUUUGAAAUGUUAAAAAGUUGAAUGAAAUUACACGAAAUUAUGUGACAAGCAGCAGAUAGCAGCUCUG